AUGCAGGGACUCAAACCAAUAGUUUCCACUGAAUCCCCAGCUCUGAUUUUUGGGACAACAACUAAACUUGCUUCAGAUUUACCAGCAACUGAUUCUUUCUUGGGUAAAAACAAGGUGCCAGACCUACAGAAACUUUUUCAGAAAGCAGAUGGACUGCCAGUGCAUCUGAAACGAGGAGUUCCAGACAAGCUGCUCUACCGGACCACUAUGGCUCUGACAAUAGGCGGGACUAUCUACUGUCUAGUAGCACUGUACAUGGCCUCACAACCAAGAAACCAAAAAUGAACCGCAGCUCAUGGGACUCGUGGCACUUCUCUGAAGGACCUACUGCAUGUGUCUCUUUGCACUGGCUUUAAUCCUGUG